AUGGCCGCGCUGCUUCCCGGGUACCGCUUCUAUCCUACCGAGGAGGAGCUGGUGCGCUUCUACCUCCGGCACAAGCUCGACGGCAGCCGCCGCGCGGACAUCGAGCGCGUCAUCCCCGUCGCCGACGUCUGUUCCCUGGACCCGUGGCAGCUCCCAGAGGUGCAUCGGGGCGCCUGCGCCAGCCACGGGGAGCCGUGGUUCUACUUCUGCGCGCGGCAGGACCGGGAGGCGCGGGGCGGCCGGCCGAGCCGCACGACGCCGUCCGGGUACUGGAAGGCGGCGGGCACGCCAGGGUUGGUCUACUCCGCCGGCGGCCACCUCGUCGGGACCAAGAAGACCAUGGUGUUCUACCGCGGCCGCGCGCCGGCCGGGGCCAAGACUAAGUGGAAGAUGAACGAGUACAGGGCCCUCGAGGAAGACGGCGCCGAUGCCGAUGCCGCCGCUCCGGCAUCGAACCCUGUGUUCCAGGUGCGGAGCGAGUUCAGCUUGUGCCGGCUAUACACAAGUUCAGGCAACAUGCGGCAGUUCGACCGCCGGCCGUGCACUGCCGUCGCCGGAGGCAGCCGUGCGUCGUCGUCCGCCGCGCUUGCAUCGCCCAAUGAAGAUGUCGAAGUGGGAAGGGGUCAGAAGAGGAAAAGGCAUGCAGCUAACGACAACACGUCGUCUAGCGACGCUUACCGACACGUGCAGCAGCAGCAGGGGAAGCAGGAAGGCGCUAAUGAGGAGCUCGCCGACGACAUGACCGACUGGGCAGAGGUUUCGGCCUGGAUCUAA